AUGCUCUCAAAAUAAUAGAAAUUACAUGAAAUACUAUCAUAGAGCAUAUUGAAAACGUAUGUUUAGAAUAAUAAUUAGUUCAACUACAAAAGCAUCUUAAAAAUUAAGUUAAUCGUUCAAUACUAAUGGAUUAAUAGGACAGUCAUUGAGUCCAAAUUAAAAAACAAAUUAAAGUAUGGGAUAAAAAAAAACGAAUAAUACAAUAUAGUAUCAAAAAGAAUUAUUAAAAUUAAUGACAAAUAACAAAUAACUAUCAUCAGGAAAUAAAAAAGCAAAUAUGUCAGAUAUGAUGAGUUAAAAAAAAGAAAGUAAAAGAAUCAAUUCUGGUAUAAGUCAACCAUAGAAAUCAUAAACAUCAAACAAAUUGAGUUUUGUUAAUACAGAUAUUACAAUAAUUGUGAAUCAUGAAAAUCAAUAAAUUAAAUUUAAUAUUGAAUCUUCAAAAACAACAGGAUGGUUAGAAGAAUAUUUAAAAUAAGAAAUGAAGAAAUAUUCAAUACAUUAAUAUUCAUCAACAGGUUCUUAACCAGAUGAAAGAAAAGUAAAUUGUGGUACUGGAAAUGAAUCUUCAGAUUUAGAUAUAGUUUCAUUUCAUACAGUUGAUAAAAAUCUACCUAUUGAUUAUUAUUUGCAAUAACCUAAUAAAAGUUUAGAAAUAUUUAGUGGAUAAACAUUAAAUUUAUAACCAUUUUAUGGAACAUCUUAAUAAAGCAAAAUAACACUUAAAGAUUUCAUUUUUGUAAAAUGUAUUGGAGUAGGUGGAUUUUCAAGAGUUUAUAUGGUCAAAAAGAAAUCUAAUGGAAGAUUCUAUGCUAUGAAAUUAAUUGAUAAGGAAUUUAUUAUAUAAAAUAAGAAAUAGGGUAUGAUUAAUUAAAAAUUAAUUAGGUAUUGUAUAAAAUGAAAGAGAUAUCAUGACAGUUCUAGAUCAUCCUUUUAUUAUUAAAUUAGAAUAUGCAUUUGAAUCUAAAAAUUUUAUUGUAUUUGUGUUAGAAUUUUGUAGUGGAGGAGAGUUGUUCUAGUAAUUAAGACAAGUAAAAAGAAUGACAGAAGAUUAAGCAAGAUUUUAUUUUACUGAAAUUUGUUUAGCUAUGUUUUAUCUACAUUCAUUAUCUGUUGUUUAUAGAGAUAUCAAACCAGAAAAUAUAUUAAUAGAUUUAGAUGGACAUAUAAGAAUAGCAGAUUUUGGAUUAUCAAAACCAAAUAUGACAGAAGAGGAUUAUGCAUAUAGCUUUUGUGGUUCACCAGAAUAUAUGGCUCCAGAAAUGUUAUUAAAAGUAGGACAUAAUGUUUAGGUCGAUCAUUAUUGUUUAGGAGCAUUACUAUAUGAAUUAGUUACUGGAUUACCUCCAUAUUAUUCUAGAGAUACUGAUGAGAUCUAUGAAUCAAUACUGAAUGAAGAACUAACAUUUCCUGAAAAAUUAAAUCUAUCUUCUGACAUAAAGGUACUUUCACUAUAUACAUAGAAUCUUUUACAAGGUUUAUUAUGCAAACAACCUUCAGAAAGAUUGGGAGCAAAUAAAGGAUUGACAGAACUACUUACACAUUCCUGGUUUAAGGAUGUUGAUCUUAUAGCAAUAUUAUAAAAGUUAGUUCCUCCACCUUUUAAACCAAAUCAAUUGAAAUUUAAUUAUGACUAAAAUGAUCUAAUGAAAGGAGAACUGGAAACAAGAGAAAAAUUAUUAGGAAAGUCUGGAUUGAAAUAAGAAAUUAGAAUAUUUAAAGCCUUUUAUUUUGAUUCCUACGAAUAGUUGUAAAUGAAAUAGGAACAAACCAAAAUAUUAAAAUAACAUUUCAUGAUGAUCACCCAAUAAUAAUUAGCACUUAAUACUAAGUUUAAACCAUAAAAAAAAAGUAAUGAACCUAAAGAACAUUAAUCAAAAAAAGCAUCUCCAUAAACUCGCAACAACAAAUAAUCGAAACUCACUUCUGAGUAAUUCUAGUCUCUCUAAAAAAGAAUUAAAUCUUAGUAUAAUUCUAUUUUAUUCUAGAUAAUCCUCAAUCACUCAUGUCUAAUAAGUCAGCUCUGUUACAAGUCCUGCUUAAUCAAAAGGUUAUGGAUUAAAUAGAAUUAUUUCUUAAAAUAAUUUGUUUCCUGAUCGAUAAAAUACAUUACCUAAUGGAUAAAAAGAGCUAGAUUAUAAUUAAUUGUUGUCAAAUGUCUCGACAGAACAAAUGCUUCAUAUGAGAGGAUCCUCUUUAAAAUAAAGAAAAAAAUGA